GGAAGCCCUUUCUCCAGCUUCUCACAUUCGUCACAUACUCUUGAGCCAUGAACUCCCUGGUCACUGUUGCCGUCUUGGCCACAUUCUGCUUGGCUGCCACAAGCGCUGCACCUUCCCCAGAUGCCGAGCCUGGUUACCGGGGAGGCUUCGGAGGUUUUGGUGGCUUUAGAGGCUUUGGAGGCUUCGGAGGUUUUGGAGGCUUGAGAGGAGGAUAUGGAGGCUAUGGAUAUCGUGGAAAGAGGAGCGCUGAGCCUAUUGCUGAGGCUGCUGCUGAGCCUGAAGCUGAUCCUGGUUACUUGAGAGGCUAUGGAGGCCUGGGCGGCUUUGGAGGGUUUGGAGGAUUCGGCCGCGGAUUCGGAGGCUUCGGACGAGGAUAUGGCAGCUAUGGAUACUAUGGCUAAACUACUCCUCUUAUCAAUUGUGCACAUUACCAUUUUUUUAAAAUACUAAAAUAAAUAUUCAGAGCAAAAGUAUUAAU